AUGGACUUGGACUUCGAUGACCCUGCGUUUGAUGAGCAUGGCCCCGGAGGUUCUGCCGACCGACAAAGCCCGACCGAGAUCUCGAUGGAGAACCGCGUUGGCUUCCUCGUUGAUCGUGCCAAGGCAGCUGGCUUCAGCACCUUCGAUGAUAUGAUCGAGGCCUAUUACACCACCGGCGCCUCCAGUCAACCCCAACACGGCACCGACCAGGCAUCGCGGAGUCGAAGGCGACGUUUGUCUGACCUCCUCCCGUCUUUUUUCAGCGCCGCCAGAGGCUGGAGUGACUGGGAGCGGCGAGGUCUCCACCUCGAAUUGCUGCGAGGCGCUGAGCAAACGUUGAUGGAAGAAGUGAAAGCGUUCAGGGAGAGCAUGAGCUGCGCCGACGAGUCCUCAACUCACCGUCACGCAGAGGACAUGAUGCAACAGGCCCAAGAAAAGAUGCCCAAGCUAUGGUCUUUGAUCAUGUCGCUUACGGCAAAGAAUCCCAGCAUUGCAGCGACGGAUCGCACAAAUGCGGUUUACCGAACCGUGGUCGCUCUAUGCGAGAGCUGA